AUGUCCUCCAUCCUCUCUGUCCUCAAAACCAAGCUCGGGGAGUACAUGCUCGCUCUUCCCGACGGCGCCGCCGAGUACGAAGAUUACGAGGCCUGGGCGCAGGGGUUCGCCAAACGAGUGGCUGUUUUCGAUCGUUCGGCGCGUGGGCAGGACGUGCCCGAACUCGCGGCCUGGGUCGCCGAGGCUGAGAGUGGCCUCGAUCAUGUUGCCACCGACGACUGGCUUGCCUGGGGUUCGCGCAUCUUGCCGCAGCGUGCGGCGCGCUUUGCAGCGCAGAAACAGCAACAAGCGGCCGAAGAACAGGCCCUGGCAGAGGAGGCUGCGCGGGUCGCUGUCGCCGAACGUGAGGCUGAGGAAGCCAAGGCGAUGCGGGCUGCCGCUGCCUGUCAGUUGGCCAAAGAAGAUCGUCAGCGGCGUCGGGAGGCCUUGGUGGAGGCCAUGUUCAACGGGUCGCUCGAUCCUGAACAGGGUGAUCGUCAGCUGGCCGAGCUGGAGUCAGAGUCCGUCUUUCCCAUUCCUCUCUUCUUUCGCUCCCCUUCUCCUUCUACCGCCGCGUCCUCCUCUCGUCCCAAUCCGUCCGCCGACUCUUCUCAUCCCGACCCGUCCGCCGAUGAUUCGGAGCUUGCGUCCGCAACCGAUGCCCUGGACCAAAUGAGCGUGGGCCCGGUCGCCGCCGCUGCCCCGACUGACGCGAAGGGCAAGCAAUCGGCUGCUGCCGUUGUCAUCGAGUUCGCGCGUCAACUGACGCCGACCGCUGGACGUGUCGUGCUUCCUCUGGGUCCUGGCACAGGCCGAAUGUCAUCUGUUCGGCCUCCUGUGGAGCGGAACGGAGCUGGUAAGUUGCUGCAGGAUCCCCCGGAGUUGUUGCCGGAUGACGUCCUCGCCGAAUACGCGUGCCAUCGGUGCGCCACCGAGUUUACCACUGUAGCUUUUCGGUGCUACACGAGGGCCGGCCAAGUUUCUUGUACGAAGUGCUCCAAGGAGCAGAAAGGUUGUAGCUUCCAGCCCGGGUGGAUGCCGAAGGACAAAGGGAAGUCGAAGGGGAAAGGGAAGUCGAAAGCGAAGGCGGCCGAAAAGUCGGGGGAGCCGGAACCAUCGCGCCCGACUAAGAAGCGUAAGGUCGAGGUACUCAUCCCUGAACGAUCUGUCGGCGAGAGUAUCGCGCGGACUAAAGCUGUUCGGGUUCGGAAGCCCGUCCAGCGUCUCCCAACCACCACCCGUACCGUCCUGGCCCCUUCCCGUCCCCGUUCUUCUGCUGUCCCCGCCCUGCCCGACUCCUCUCGCCUGUCUCCUGUCGUCGCGCAAGGCAUCGCGUCGGAGCUUCGGUACCGCAUUGCUGUGGCCGAAGGUACUCGUGCCUCGCUGGCGCGUUCGAUCGCGAUGUGGCAGGGUGAGUUGGAGGUUCUUGAGGCGCGUUCGGGUGGAUCGGCGGUUUCGGAUGUGGUGUUGGUGGAAGACUCGUCGGAUGCCGAGGAUUCGGGAAUGUCGGUGUCGGGCGACUUUGUUCCCGAUGUGUAA